CGCCUCUCUUCUUUCCUUCUGGUGGUGUGUUUGUGUCCCUCUUCCUUCACGCUGCAUCAUUUCGCUCCCAACAUCUCGGAUGGUUUGACGCCUUCAGUAAUUCAUUUGUCAUGUUGUCAUAUUUUCGUGGAAUCACGCGUCAGGGUGAUGCAACCAAACCCUUUUUGACUCCAGCGAUGUCUGCUGAUGUUUUUGGGCUCGGAUUAAAAUUAACUUCAAACUGGUGGAUUUCACGCCGCACAAAGACGAGCUUACGCAACAGCAAAGCGGAAAAUGAAUUUCUGAUCGCAGCAGCUGCUGCAGAAACAAAAGCUCCAAAGAAAACAAGAAGACGAUUCACGAAGCAGAAAAUCUGACUGGCAGACGUUUUUCCUCCCAGUUCCAGCAGCUUCUGCAGCUGGAAACAAACCAUUCGUCCUCGUUUCACCGAGCCGGCGAAGAUGAGGCGGCGCGUCAUCGAGCGGCCGGUGGGCAGCUCGGUGCGGCUGAAGUGCACGGCGAGCGGGAACCCGCACCCGGACAUCGUGUGGCUGAAGGACAGCAAGCCGCUGGCGGAGGAGGACGGCGGCGCCGGUGGAGAGAAGAAGAAGAAGAAGAGAUGGACGCUGAGCCUGAAGAACCUGACGCCGGAGCACAGCGGGAAGUACACCUGCCACGUCUCCAACCGCGCCGGACAGAUCAACGCCACCUACAAGGUGGAGGUCAUACAGCGGACAAUCUCCAAGCCGGUUCUGACCGGAACCCACCCGGUCAACACCACGGUGGAUUAUGGCGGAACCACGUCCUUCCAGUGUAAGGUCCGCAGCGACGUGAAGCCGGUCAUCCAGUGGAUGAAACGGGUCGAACCCGGAGAGGAGGCUCGCUUCAACUCCACCAUAGAGGCCGGUGACCAGCGCUUCGUGGUUCUGCCCACCGGGGAGGUCUGGUCCCGACCCGACGGGUCGUACCUGAACAAGCUGCUGAUCAGCAGGGCGCAGCAGGACGACGCCGGCAUGUACAUCUGCCUGGGAGCCAACAGCAAGGGCUACAGCUUCAGGAGCGCCUACCUCACUGUGCUGCCAGACAGGAAGUCCCAGCCCAGCUCCGUUCCCAUGGUAACGCCCCCUGGCCUGCCCUGGCCCGUCAUCAUCGGCAUCCCGGCGGGCGUGGCCUUCAUCCUGGGCACCGCCCUCCUCUGGUUCUACCAAUCGAAAUGCAGCUGCAGUGGCUCCACCUCCUCUGCGCUGCCCGCGGCGCCACGCCGGGACCGGGCCGGCCCGCCGCAGCCACCCGCGGCGCAGCCAACGGGCUCCGACAAAGACUCGCUGACGUACGAGGAAUACGCGGCGGCGCAUCAGCAGCUGCUGCUGGCGCCAAAGCUCUACCCCAAGGUCUACACGGACAUACACACACACACACACUCACACGUCAACGGCAAGGUGCACCAGCACAUACACUACCAGUGUUAGCAGACGCAGCUGCAUGCAGACGGCGCAGCCGCAGCUAACAGCAUGCGACGAACUGCAGCAGGUAGAGACAGGAAGUCCUUUGCUUCAACCAAAGUCUGACCUGGUUCAUACGAGCUUCCAGAACCGGGUUGCAGCUGCAGCAGCAGCAGCAGCAGCGGCAGCAACAGCGACUGCAGCAACAGCGACUGCAGCAGCAGCGACUGCAGCAGCAGCUGCGUUGGCGCUGCAGCGUCCUUCACCAACAUCAACCCGACUGCAGCGGCUCUGUAGCCUCACACUACAAAAGCGUUUUCAGUUCAUUAACUUUAAAAACACAGAUAAAAAAUAUUUCACUUCUUUUGGACUUAUUCUUUGUGAAUUGAAAACAUAUACAUGCCACACUUUUCAGAUUUUUAAACUGUACAACUGCUGAAAUAAUUUUAUUUCCAUUUUCUGUUGAUUUUUCUCAUAAAAUCUUUUUUAUUAUUCAAUAAAAAAGAGUUUUUAACAUUGCAAAGUAAAGAUUAAAUCCAAAAGGGGUGAAACGUUUUCCGAGAUUAUCUGAUGAGUUUAAAUUUAACUUUAACUGCUUUAAAGGUUAAAGCUACCUUUAACCUUUAAAGCAGUUAACUUGUAAAACACAGAUAAAAAAAAACUCAAAGUUUUCACACUGUUUGGAUUUUUUCUAUAUUUUUCAGUUACAAAUUUCUUGUUUUUUUUAUUGAGAUUUUAUGAGAAAAUCAACAGAAAAUGGAAAUAAAUAGGAGAUUUCAUCCUUUCACUUUUCAGAUCCUGAUGUGUGAAAAUGUUUCAUUUUAGUUUCAUGGUUAUCUUCCACUUCCUGUGGCUCCGGAGACGUUUGGAGGAAAAGCUGAAAGGGGGUGAAAACUUUUUUUUGUGAUCAUAAUGGAUUUAUUUCUCAGGCGAAACGUAGCUGAGCCAAAACAAAUUGAUGAGUGAUGUCACUUCCUGCUUCCUGCUCCCAUUGAGCUGAGGUGAUGAUGUCAUCAGUUGCAUUUAAACAGGGAAACGUUUUAGCAUCAUUAACUUUGUUUAAAGUGAAACUAAAUCUUAAAGUUCUGCUUCAGUGAAAAUGAAUCAUUUAGAUUAUAUUCAAAAUAAAACAGGUUUAAACGUUUCGUUCAGGUGUCCGUCUCGCUUGGUGCUAAAAUAAUCAUAAUCCAAUAAAUAAACAUUUGUUACAUGGAAACAUGCGAUAGAUUAAAUUUUAAUAAAUAAAUAAAAAUAUAUGAACAAAAGUUGUCCUGUUAUAUUUCCCAUAUUUUAUUCAGAAAUAUAAAUAAAUAUUCAAAUAAUAUU